GCAGUCAGAAGUUUCUGAGUUGCUACUGAAGAUGCACUCCGGGUCCAGUAUCGGAUCUAGCAGAUCUGGAUCACACACCACAAGAUACCUUGCUGCUGCCAGUCUGGCAGUGCUGCUUGUCGGCUGGAUGUCACCUGAAUAUGCUGAAAAGUUCGGUGCAUUCGCUUUGCGAGACUAUUUGUCCGCUUCGCCCCUGAGUGCUGCAGUGGUUGUGCAAAGUUCAUGGUCAGUGUUGGCCCUUGUACCGAUCAAGCGACGAAGAUGGGGUCUUCGCUUGCCUCGCUUUGGGUGGACGUGGCUGCUGGCAUUCUGCCUGGGAGCCUUUUCGCUCCUGACGCAUGCCAUGUGGUACAAGUCCUUCACCGGCACCACGCCAGCCAUCAAUACCUUGGUGUAGAAUCUGGACAUCUUGGUUGCCAUGGUCUUGGAAGCUAUCGUGGCUUUGAAAGCACCCGCACCUGCGGCCAUUUUGGGUGGCUUAAUCACCCUGGGUGGAGCUUGUUUGGCCAUACAAACUCAAAUUGCAGGCAACACUAUUUGGGGUUGCACCUUGUGCUUGGUGGCAACCUCGCAGUACUCCAUCAUUGCAAUCAUCACAUCCAAAUGUCUCAAGGAGGAUUGCUCACUUAUGAUGCUGUUGGCCUUGGAAGGUGUGAUGAGUCUUUUGGUUCUGGCACUGCUUCUUGCAACCACGGAAAUUGCGGAUGUCACGGGCACAUUGUGGCCUGUCUUCCCCGGUGCGAAUGCCACGGUCUUCAUGUGCGUGACCAAUAUGAUGUUGAACUUUGGCUGGCUUUCUUUUUCAUCAUUGAUUGGAGCUGCACAAGCAGCUAUGGCAGCGUGUCUCUCAAUGCCUCUCUCCUUGGUUUUGGAUUCUCUAAUGCUGCAUUCUUUGGCUUCGCCUGCAGAGGUGAUUGGAAGCCUCAUGGCGAUUUUCGGCUUUGUGUUGAGCUAUCGCAGUACAAAAAACAACGCCGCUGAUGGGACAGAAAUUUCUGAGCGUUUGACUCCGUGAGCCGUGAAGCGAUUUUUCAUGUUUUAUGUGGUACGACUUCGCCAAUACCUUUGCUCACAAAGCAUCGCAACAGUUUUCUUUGGCUGAACGUGUCAGCCCCAAAAAUUGAAUUCGGUUUUGGCACGGUCCGUGCUGAAAUGUAUGUUGAGCUGUAGCUACGUUUUUUCUUGGCGAGCUCAUUUUAAUGAUUUAGUCAAUCUGAAAUAAAUAUGUGCAUGAAUUCG